AUGUCCAUGACUACAAACGAACUACGAAACAGGCGUCGGACCCACGAAAAUGAGCCGCCUUCAUCGUCGGCAAAGGACCAGGCGUCGACGAGAAAACUCCUGACCUGGGACGAGAUUCCUCAGUGGCAACGAGAUAAUGAAUAUAUCAUCUACGGAUAUCGGGGAGAGCUCAAUUCGUGGAGAAGAAGUUUCAGUUCUGCAUUCACGUACUUGCACAACGAGACUGUCAAUAUCCAGUCGCAUUGGAUAGGAGGACUCGUCUUUAUAGGGAUGUGGCUCUACCAUCUCCGAGGGGUCUACAAGCAAUAUGCGGAUACCAUCAACACCUUUGACAAACUAUACAUGUCAUUUUUUAUGAUCGGGGCACUAUUCUGUCUUUUUAUUAGUGGCUCUUAUCAUAUGAUUAGCAGCCAUUCCAAGCCGGUCAGCGAUGUCUUUCACAGGCUUGACUACGCUGGAAUAGUAAUCCUCACCGUGGGUUCUUUCUAUCCCGCGGUAUAUUACGGCUUUUUCUGCGACCCCCAUUUUGCGGUGCUGUGGCUCGUGCUCCUCACGGUUUCAGGCGCUGGUGCAGCCUAUGCCGUCCUCUCACCAACGUAUUCUACGCCAGAAUAUCGAAGAACCAGGGCGUAUCUGUUCAUUACCCUGGGACUCGGCGGAGCUCUCCCAGUCAUUCAUCUGUGGGCAGCGGAGGGAUUCUCACAUCUCAUUCAAAUUGGUAUCGAUUGGCUCUUGGCCUCUGCCGCAUUCUACAUUGGAGGUGCCAUUCUUUAUUCCGAGCGGUUUCCAGAGCGCAUCUGGCCUGGUCGCUUUGACCUCAUAGGUGCCAGUCAUCAAAUCUUCCAUGUUUGCGUAGUUCUCGCAGCGAUCUGUCAUUACAUCUCCAUGCUACGAUGCAUCGAGUUUUGGCAUGGUGAACAUCACGGGCACUGUGGUGUGUUCCGCGAGUAG